CCCAGCAAUCCCCGCAGGAGAGACGUCAAGCCCUUCGGGAUUGACGGAAGAUGGCGUCCGCUACUCGCAUUAUCCAGAGGCUUCGGAACUGGGCAUCAGGGCAAGACCUGCAGGCGAAGCUGCAGCUGCGCUACCAGGAGAUCGCCAAGCGGACUCAGCCUCCUCCCAAACUCCCUGUGGGCCCCAGUCACAAGCUCUCCAACAAUUACUACUGUACUCGUGAUGGCCGCCGGGAAAUGGUGCCCCCCUCGAUCAUCAUGUCCUCACGGAAGGUGCUGGUGUCAGGAAAAACUGCAGAGAGCUGUGACAGCUACUGAGAAGAAGCCGUGACACCUGCUCCUCCUAUGAGGAAGUGGGAGCUAUCCAAGGACCAGCCAUAUCUGUGACACUGUGCCCCAGGCCACCUGGCUAUGUCCUCAGUGCCACCUGACUGCUUUUCCUCCUUGGGGAGAAUGUGACCUAAUUUAUGAUAAAUAAUGGAGUUCCAUAUUGCUUCUGUGUUACCUUUUUAAAAGU